AUGAAGCAUGGGAACGGUACCACUACGAUUGAAUUUGUACUCCUUGGAAUCUCUAAUAGAGCUGAGCUACAAGCCCUGUUUUUUAUUGCUUUCUUGCUUAUCUACCUCUUCAUCCUGAUUGGGAAUGCACUUGUUUUUGUUGCCACUGUGUUACAUCACACUCUGCGCACACCCAUGUAUUUCUUCCUUCAGAAUUUGUCAUUCUUAGACAUCUGCUUUGCAUCUGUAACUCUCCCUCAAAUGCUUCUGAACCUUAUGUCAGAGAAGAAAACUAUCUCCUUUGUUGGCUGUGCUGUACAGAUGUUCUUCUAUCUCUUCCUGGGGGCAGCUGUAUGUUACCUCCUGGCAAUUAUGUCGUAUGACCGUUAUGUGGCAAUCUGCCACCCUUUGCAUUAUAUGAGACUCAUGACCAGGAAGGCAUGUUUAUUGUUGGUCUCUGGAUGUUGGGCCAUUGGGUUGUUCGUAUCUCUUAUGCAGACAAUGCUGAUAUUCACCAGCCCCUUCUGCAGUUCUGAAGUAAUUAAUCACUUCUUCUGUGAUGUCAUCCCACUGCUGAGGCUACACUGUACAAGCCCAUACAUAAAUGACAUGGAGAGAAUUCUAACUAUCUUCUUGGUUCUCAUCAUGCCUUUCAUUCUCAUCUUGGUUUCCUACUUCCUGAUCAUUGUCGCUUUCUUGAAGGUUACCACAAAGGAAGGAAGGAAAAAGGCUCUGGGCACAUGUUCCUCCCACCUGGUCUCUGUAGUCCUCUUCUAUGGCUCAGCUAUGUUCACAUACUUGAGGCCCAGUUCUAAUUACUCACCUACAGUACACAAGUUCCUCUCUCUCACCUAUACAGUGGCCCCUGCCUUGCUCAACCCUGUUAUCUACAGCCUGAGAAACAAGCAGAUGAAAGAGGCCCUGAGAAAUGUGUCAGCCAAAUGCAGAGGUUCUAUUGGCUUCUGA